AGCUGCAUUGUGUUUAUGGCACCACUAACAUUAAACUAUAUCAUUUAUAUCAUAAAUUAUGUUAAUUUCAGUGAGAAUUCAGGUUUUUUACAGGUGUACCAGCGAUCAGCGAUUUAUUUAUUACAUAUUGUUAUAGCGCAAUAUGUUGGGAUGUUGCCAUGGUUACCAAGGGCAUCCAAACAAACCAGGACUCGAGCAGCGAAGCAGCUUCACGCACUGAGGUCUUCACAUGGGUCUAAAGUCCCCAAAUUGACUAAAAUAAUUUCUGCACAUCUGUAAAGUCAGAGGCUCACUAGAAACUGUGAACAUGUACAAAGUGGAUUUGCCCGUAGACCAGUCUAUUGAAAAGGCUGUGGAGAGGCGAAGGUCUGCAGAGAUAGCACGCAAGGCCCGAAUCUUCAACACCCGGCUACGUGUGAUGGGCCUCGACCUUGAUGCCCUGAGCCAACAAGUCCAGGAGAAAAAACAUCAGCAAAACAUUGAGAGACAACGAGACAAAGUCUUCGAUAAGCUGAGAGAGUAUCAAAAUGACGUACUGAUUCAGGAAGACAUUGAUGAAAGAGAGAAGCGAGCAGCUUUGCACACUGACCUGGCCCAGUACUGGGCCACUCAUCAGCGUGUGGAGGACUCUCGUGAUGCUGAUCUCAAGUGUGGCCUGAAGGGGCCAUUCAGGAUCACCAUUCCAGAGGGUGAGCUGGGGCCUGCCAGUAUGCAAAUCUUUCAGGGAGAGGAUAUUGGAAAGGAGCAAAUGAGGAGAGAACAAAUGAAAAAGACAGAAAGAGAUGUGCGAACGCAGAAGGAAGACAACGCGAGACGGCACAUGGGAAAUAAGCAUAGAGAAAUGCUUGCGAGCAAAGAGCUGGUGCUUCAGGACCUACGGGGGGUUCAGCAAGCGGCAUUAGAGGGGGAGUGUAAGAGAGCUGCCCGCAUCGCACUUGACAACUACAAUCAAGUUCUGGCUGCAGAGCGGGCAGAGAAACUGAAGGAGCGGCACAGGAGAGAGGAACGGGAGAAUCUUGCAGAGAUGUGGCACACACUGACAUCCGACAUGAUGACAGAGUCUGCAGGGGCAGCAGAGAGAGAGGUGGGAGGGGGGAAGCCACCCCGGGUUCUAACUGACAGGUGGAAGGGGAUGAGCCCCGAGCAGCUGAGUGCCAUCCAUGGGGAGAGAGAGGCACAGUGCCUUGAGAGACAGAGACAACGUGAUGCUGAGAAGAUUCAGGAUGCAAUUUGGGACCUCCGGCUCCUGAAGCUGUCCAGAGAAGCAGAGGAAGAGGAGACAAGAGCAGCAAAGCUGAGGAGACAGAGGAGGAUUCAGAUGGACCAGUACAACAUGCAGCUUGCCGGAGAGCAGAAGGAAUUUCAGGAGUACCUGAACAAGACGGUAUACACCAACAAACCCAGUAAGGAAUACUUUUAUCAAUUCAACACCAGCUCCCGCUGA